CGAGCAUUAUCGUAUCGUUGUUCAAUGGGCCCGGCGAUCAACUACUUCCUUCGCGGUGCGCUAUAAGAGAUAUAAUUCGAAUCGAUCUCAAGCCUUUCCCAUAGCCUCGAUCACACCACCUCGUGGAGCAAUUGCAACAUUCGACAAGCUCAAAAAAAAUAUCACACGCCCAUAUUUCAAUCAUGUCAGAAAGGCCUGUUUUUGUGGCUACGCAUCCGCGGGCCUGCUCGACCGCAUUUGAGAGAGUGUUCAUGACAUGUCAAGAUACUCUCCAAUGCGCCCAUGAGCCUUUUGGAGACGCUUUCUACUAUGGCCCUGAGAGGCUGGGUGAGCGAUACGAGGAUGACGAGGAGGGCAGAUUGAGCAGUGGCUUCUCUAAGACUACGUACCGGAAUGUCCUUGAUCGCCUUGAUCGGGAUGCAAGCCAGGGCAAGCGUCUUUUCAUCAAAGACAUGGCGUAUUACGUGAUGCCUCCCAACAACGGGGUCCCAUCCAUUGCGUCAUCCCUGCGCAGCCCUGCAAACGGCGUGUCCGCCAAUGGUGAAAAGUUGGCGAACGGUGUCAACGGCGACGCCCAUGCGAAUGGGGUCAACGGCCACAGUCACACAAACGGUGUCAAUGGCACUAAUGGGGUAAAUGGCCACAACCACACAAACGGGGUGAAUGGUCACAGCUAUAUGAACGGUGUGAACGGCACCAACGGUGUCAAUGGCAUCGAGAAGAGCAAGAGGCAAGGCUCCGAUCCCACGGGCAACCCUACGGUCAUCCCUCUGGAAGUCCUCAAGAAGUUCCACUGGACAUUCCUCAUCCGCCACCCGCGUCGGGGUAUCCCGUCGUAUAUGCGGUGCUGCUCCCCUCCCCUGUCCGAAACGACGGGUUGGGACCACUUCAUGCCGUGCGAGGCCGGCUACGUCGAGCUCCGGCGCCUGUUCGACUACCUGCGAGAGCAGGGUCUAGUCGGCCCCUCGGUAGCCGGGCGGGAAGACUCGGGCGCCGUGAAGGGGAAGGACGAGGUCACCAUCACCGUCCUGGACGCCGACGACCUCCUCGACCACCCCGAGGAGGCCGUCCGGGCCUUCUGCAGAGAGACGGGCAUCCCGUUCUCCAAGGACAUGCUAAAGUGGGACGACGGCGGAAACCAGGCGUACGUCGAAGAGGCCUUUGCGAAGUGGAAUGGAUGGCAUAACGAUGCUAUCAAGAGCAAGGGGCUUACUGCUAGGACUCACGUCAAGAAACCUGUCACCGAAGAAUCUGAAAACGAGGAAUGGCGACAGAAGUACGGCGAGGAGGGGCAGAGGAUAAUCAGAGCUUGCGUGGAGGAGAACAUCCCACAUUACGAGUAUCUGAAAUCGUUUGCGCUGCAGUUCUAAAGGCAAGCCGCGUUUCCCUUUUUCCCCCCACUAGAUACAUAUGUAGCUGCUUGAGAGGGCAUUGUCAUGUUGGUUCCUUGGCGCGGUUUAUUCUUUUUUUUUUUUAAUAUGAUGGGUCUAUGAUACAUAUAUGUAAUGAUUUUUUACUACACUAUGUUACAGUAGUAGCGUUUCUCAC